AUGCAGAAGUUAAUAAUAUGUCUGUCUAUCGUCUCGCUGGCGUGGGCCGCACCCCAAGCUGCAUCAGGUGAUCUGGACUCGAUCAUUGAGCAGAUCUUCGGCAAGCCGAACCAAGACACGACUGGACAGUCAACUGUGGUGACCACUGUGAUGACGACUACGAUUAGACCCUCGACGAUUGUUCCGCCUGUUAACAAAAAUUCUGACGAAGUUGAUUUAUCCUGCAAGACGGCCGAAGGUGUCGAUGGUGUGUGCACACAUUACUACUUGUGUAACACCAAUAACUCAAUAAUCACUGACGGUUCCACCCUCAUUGAUAUAAGGGUACAAGAAGGCGAAUGCACUAACUACUUGGACGUGUGCUGUAUCCCACCAGACACGAGAACUCCCGACAACCCCAUCACCCCAUCACCAGACAAGCUACCUCAGCACGAAGGCUGCGGCUGGAGGAACCCCGAUGGUGUAGGAUUCCGUAUCACAGGCGACACUGACAACGAGGCGAAAUUCGGUGAAUUCCCAUGGAUGGUAGCCAUACUUAAGAUCGAGCCCGUGAACGACGAUGAUCCCGAGGGUCAGAAGCUGAACGUUUACGUGGGAGGGGGCUCCCUGAUCCACCCUAGCGUGGUCCUCACUGCCGCCCACUACGUGGCCGUCAGCAAGACCCUGAGGGUCAGGGCGGGAGAGUGGGACACCCAGACUUCGAACGAAAUCUACCCUUACCAGGAUAGGGAUGUAGAAUCCGUCGUUAUUCACAAGGACUUCAAUAAGAACAAUCUCUUCUACGACAUCGCCCUGCUAUUCCUGGCAAAACCCAUGGAAAUGGCGCCCAACGUAGGGUUAGCGUGUCUCCCGCCGUCUCGCGAUAUUCCGCGCGACGGGCUACCGUGCCUUGCGUCAGGUUGGGGCAAAGACAAGUUCGGCAAGGAAGGUCGCUACCAAGUUAUUCUUAAAAAGGUGGAAUUACCAGUCGUCGAGAAACGUAAGUGCCAAUCAGCCCUCCGUAAGACACGUCUGGGGCACUUCUUCGAACUGCAUUCAUCGUUCAUGUGUGCGGGAGGACUGGGGCAGGACACGUGCAAGGGAGACGGUGGGUCGCCCCUUGUGUGCCCCAUCGAGUCGGAACCAAAUCGCUACGUGCAGAGCGGAAUUGUAGCGUGGGGUAUCGGCUGUGGUACUGAUGGAACCCCAGGUGUCUACGUCGACGUCGCCAACCUCCGUAAUUGGAUCGACGACAAGGUCGUCGGCAAGGGCUACGACCCUAAAGUGUACACAUACUAAAAACAGCACUUGCUUUAAUAAGGCCUACUUUUUAACUAGUUAAAAAUAAAAACAAAUUGUGAACUACAAUGCAAUUAAAUGACAAUAAAUGUGAUGAUUUUUUUAUAUUUUUUGUUAAUUGACUCAUAAAACGGUAUUUCAGUAGAAGAUGUUGUCAUAAAAUAAUCCAAUACUCAUUAAGAUAAACUUUUGUGUAUGUAUAAAAUGAUUUUUUUAAUAUGUAAAAUAAAGAUUUACAUUAUAA